CUCAAUUCAUUGCUCAAAAAUAAUAAUGGUUCUUGUUGUCUAUAUAUAUGUUUGGAGCGUCCGCAUCAUAUAUAUAAUAUGAUAGUGUUAUAUAAGUACCAAUAUUGCCAACCGCCACCUUCAACUUCAAUUCGAUCAGCUCUUCACUCGAUCUCUUCAAUUUCAGACUUCUUUGUGGUAUAAUAUUUGAGCCUUCUCCUAUCUGCGGAAAUUUUGGUGGUCAAAGCUUCAACACUCAUCCAGUACUAGUCAGUCCCCUUCUGUCUUCCCGAGAUCUAUGCUGCUUUCAUCUUCAUCAUUUCAGGUUGAUUAAUAUUAAUCUCAUCAACGCGUAAUGGAUUCUUGCUGUGCAACUUUGAGGGCCAAUUCCUCUUUGGGAAAACUGAGCAAACGUUGCCUCGGCGAUGGAGAUUAUGGGUUUUGCGGGGAGAAAGUAAGAGGGAGUCUGAAGAACAACAAUCUUUGGGUUAAUCAGUUGGCAAAAGGUUUGAGCAUUGAGAAAAGAGCUAGGAAUAUCAGACCUAGGGUUUCUUGCUCUGUCAUUACUUCAGACCAUAGCGAAGAAACGUUGACCAUUGAAAAGCCCCGACUUGAGAGACGAAGAGCCGACCCGAAAAAUGUGGCUGCAAUCAUAUUGGGAGGAGGUGCAGGGACUCAUCUCUUUCCUCUUACACGUAGAACUGCAACACCUGCUGUUCCAGUUGGAGGAUGCUAUAGGCUUAUUGACAUACCGAUGAGCAACAGCAUCAACAGCGGCAUAAACAAGAUUUUUGUAUUGACCCAGUUCAACUCUGCUCCCCUCAACCGUCAUAUUGCUCGGACAUAUCAUGGAAAUGGUGUUAACUUUGGGGAUGGUUUUGUGGAGGUUUUGGCAGCAACGCAAACACCAGGGGAAGCAGGCAUGAGGUGGUUCCAAGGGACCGCAGAUGCUGUAAGGCAAUUUACUUGGGUGUUUGAGGAUGCCAGAAACAAGGACAUUGACAAUAUACUAAUCCUGUCUGGCGAUCAUCUUUAUCACAUGGACUAUAUGGACUUGGUGCAGAAUCACGAGGAUAGAAAGGCUGAUAUUACAGUUUCAUGUGUUCCGGUGGGGGAUAGCCGUGCCUCUGAUUUUGGAUUGACGAAGAUAGACCGCAGUGGGCGAAUAAUCCAAUUUGCUGAGAAACCCAAGGGUGCUGAUCUCAAAGCAAUGAGAGUAGAUACCACUCUCCUAGGGCUGUCUCCUCAAGAUGCUGCAAAUGCUCCUUACAUCGCUUCAAUGGGAGUCUAUGUAUUUAGGACAGAGAUCUUGCUAAAGCUUCUGAGGUGGAGAUACCCUACGUCCAAUGACUUCGGAUCAGAAAUCAUUCCCGCAGCCGUGAUGGAGCAUGACGUCCAAGCAUAUAUGUUCAGAGACUAUUGGGAGGACAUUGGAACGCUAAAAUGUUUCUUUGAUGCUAACUUGGCCCUUACAGACAAGUCUCCAAAAUUCGAAUUUUAUGAUCCAAAGACACCUUUUUACACGUCCCCUCGGUUCUUACCACCAACCAAAAUUGACAAAUGCCAGAUUAAGGAGUCAAUAAUCUCACAUGGAUGUUUCUUGAGAGAAUGUAGAGUUGAACACUCGAUUGUGGGUGAACGUUCACGCUUGGACUCUGGCGUUGAGCUUAAGGAUACCUUGAUGAUGGGGGCAGACUACUAUCAAACAGAAUCCGAAAUCGCAUCUCUGUUGGCAGAGGGUAAGGUUCCAAUCGGCAUUGGAAGGAAUACAAAAAUAAGAAAUUGCAUCAUCGACAAGAACGCAAAGAUCGGCGCAGAUGUGGUCAUCAGGAACAAAGAUGGCGUCCAAGAAGCAGACCGACCAGAGGAAGGAUUUUACAUCCGGUCUGGGAUCACCGUCAUAUUAGAGAAGGCGACAAUCGAAAAUGGCACGUUUAUAUAGGUGGACUUUGAAGCUGCCAUGCCAAGGAGGUUUUGGAGGAGACAGUUCACUGGAAGGUGAUCAAAGCCCGACACUCUGUUCCAGCAUGUAUGAUGGAAAAGCUUCCAACGAACUUUGAGCGUAAAGAAAAAGGAAGCAUAAAAGGGGGGCUGGGCUGAUGGCUGAGGACAGUUCGAGGCUGCACAGCUGCUUGCUUUUCUUCUUCCCUUGUAGAGAAUUCCUUUUUCAACAACUUUUUUAAGUGUCUCAACUGAAGCUUUUAUUAAACUCUACUUACUGUAAUAAAUAAUGUUAUUAUCUAUCUUUGUAUUUGGACAA